CAGUCGCCAAACACUCGCCGCCGGACCUCCCACUCGAUUUCAGGGAGUUAGUUCGAGAAUCGCCAGCCACUCACUCACCAUUGGACCUCCUGCAGAUCGCGUCAUCUCAGUCACCGAGCUAGUCCUCGCUCCUUCCACUUGUGAGGUCUCUCUUGUCUCUACCUCCCUCAAUCGUUUAAUUUCUAGUUCGAACACUUACAUUUGAAAUUCAUCAAUGGCGCGCGCUGUUUGGCUGCUAAUAAAUGGGUGUUGUUGUGUGACUCACUUUGUAGAUUAAGUUGCGAUACUCGAUCUCUAUUAUCUGAAAACGCAUAGGAUAGCUUUUGUUCGUUCCGCCAGUUCCAAGAAGCUGUUCUUUGAUUUCCUUUUUUAAUUUCAGCAAGUUGUCCAAUAUAUUGCAGGGAGAAUGAACUUUUUUCUUCUGUUGAGUCCCCCUUCAAUUGAUAAGCUGCAUCCGUAGCCGUCCCUCUUGGCCUCCUCAUCAGUGCCCAUUGUACUAGCUAGACCGCUGUAAUCUCCACUUACCGUCUCCAACGUUUGCAUUCCUCAAAUCCUCCGAAGUCCAAAAUGAGCGGCGUGGGGCUGAGGAGGCUCCUGGAAACUGCGGUGACCCAAGGGGUGACGGAAGCUAGAGCUAGGAUAUUUGGGCAUGUUCUAAACCCAACAGGGCAAAGAUCUCCCCACAAAUUACUCCGGAAGAAGCUCAUCGGCGAGAAAGUCUCCCAGUGGUACCCUCACGACAUCACUAAGGACGACCCUCUUAUCAUGGCCGCUCGAGAACAGGAGCGGCUGUCCAAGCUCGAGAUGUUGAAACGUCGCGGGAAGGGCCCCCCUAAGAAAGGGCAAGGAAAGGGUGCCGCCAAGCGUAACAAAGGGAAAUAGAUCCAUUGAUGCAUACUUCAGAUUGGAUUCUCGGGGUUUCUUUUCGUUUAUAACAACCCAGAAUUUGUAUUUGCUUCGUUGAUGGCUUGUAUUUUGGCCAUCAAUCUGGAGGAGGGUAUAGUCAUCUCUCUAAAUGAAAGGUUGUUUAUCUGGUAUUUACGAAUCAUAACAUUUUCUACAGCUUUUGAUUCUUCUUUAUCAAAUGUUACUGUUCGUGCACAUCUAGUCUAGCAAGAGUAGGGAAUCUGUUGUUUCGAGAAUGUUGAGAACAUGCUUUCAGGAAUAAGGUAAUGAUAACCAGUUCUUCCUGUCUUUGAAAUGUACUUUGAGUUUCAGGCAGCAUUACUAUAUCGCAGACUUUUGUUGCAAAAGCUUGAUUGUUCUUUGCUAGUGGUUACUGUAAUGAUACUUGCAGUGGG